CGUUUGUUGAAUAAAGUUUUAGGAAUAAGAAUAAAAUAAAAAAAAUCAUAAAACUAUGAAGUGGCAUAAAUUGCUACUGAUGAUUGCUGCAUUAGCUUUCAUAGUUGGCACAUUCGCAGAAGAAAUUGAAAUUCCUGAUGACAUUGAUGAUGAGGAUUUGGAUGAAGAUGAGGAAAUUUUGAGAUUGUUGGAGGAAAAUAGAAUUAUGGAAGAUUUAAAUCGUGAAAAUCAAAAAGCUAGAGAAGAAGCAUCAAAAUACAAACAACAGCACGGUGAAACAGCAGCAUCUGACACAGGAUUUAUCUACGAUCCAUGUACAAAGAUCCACUGUCAAGCUGGUCGUAUUUGUCAAGUGAAUGAUAAUUCAGCUGAAUGUGUCUGUGUACCUGAAUGCCCAGAAGAAUAUGAUCCACGUCGUAAAGUUUGCACAAAUCGUAAUGAAACAUGGGCAAGUGACUGUGAGGUUCAUCAACAACGUUGCUUUUGCGAUACGAAGGAUUCACGCUGUAGAAAUCCAAAAAAUUCUCAUAUCCACAUCGACUAUUAUGGACAAUGCAAGGAAAUUCCAAGAUGUAAUGAAGAGGAAAUGCUCGACUUUCCACGUAGGAUGCGCGAAUGGCUCUUCCACGUCAUGAAGGAACUUGCCGAACGUCAGGAACUUGAUAGAAAAUUAGCUGACAAGAUAUCGCAUGUUGAGAGUGAAUUGAACAAAAAAUGGGCUCGCGCUGCUGUCUGGAAAUUCUGUGACCUCGACGCUACACAUGAUCAAUCCGUAUCACGUCACGAGCUCUUCCCAAUUCGUGCUCCAUUGUUGUCACUUGAACAUUGCAUCGCACCAUUCUUAGAAAGCUGCGAUUUGGACAGAGAUCACAGAAUCACUCUUAAGGAAUGGGGCAAGUGUUUGGAGUUGGAAGAUGGUGACUUGGAAGGUCGCUGCGAAGGAAUCAUUGUCAAAAGCUCUUCAAAAAAUAAUGAAGUUUAAAGCCACACAAGACGGAAUGUCCAGCAAAUAAGCUUUCCAACCUACAUUUGAUUAAAUAAUCUUGUAUAAGUUAUCUAUCUGAAAUGUUUAUGAUUAUAUAAUUAGCUUUUUUUUUGCUGUAAACUUUCAUACGAGAAAUAGAAAGAUUUUAAUAAAGUUAAUUAUCUAUGUGUGCCAUAACUCA